AUGUCUACAGAAAGGUCUCCAUUAUUAGGAGCCACUGCUUCAGGUUCUGGUUCUGGUUCGGCUUCUGGGUCUGGGUCUGGUUCUGGUUCGACUCUUCGUCCUCAACCAUAUUUUAUCGAUGUUCCUGCCAAUAGAGCAUUUUCCAGCUCCACCAAACGACCGUCUCUUGUCAGUGGUUCAGUUGGCAGACAAGGUUUCGCUGAUGCAUUUUUGAGAAGCCAGUCACCAUCUACUAAUCACUCGUUUUUGACUGAUGAUAACAACGUGAUGGACGAGGAUGAAGUGGUGUUAUCUGCUAGCGAGGCCACUUCUCUCGCCAGAGAGCAACAGGCUUUGUUGUUGGACAAUAACAUUCAAUAUACAGUCAACAAGUCUAGAAAAGGUUCAGUUACUGGACCUAUUUUCCCAGUCACCAAUGAAGCAAUCGACGAGGCUGGUGAAGAGGUCCGUGAUACUAACAAGGCUUGGGACGAGGCGGUGAAUAAUGGCCUUGUUAAUACUACAGUUAGACGGGAGAUCUCAGUUCUGGCUGUGAAUGCUGCUCCCUUGAUUGUUACAUUUUCGUUACAAUAUUCACUUGUUGUUGCAUCUAUUUUCUCAGUUGGUCACCUUGGUAAGACCGAACUGGGUGCCGUGUCAUUGGCUUCUAUGACUGCCAGUAUCACCGGUUUCGCCAUGAUCCAGGGUCUGGCUACUUGUUUGGAUACCCUCUGUUCUCAAGCUUACGGUGCUGGAAACCUGUUUUUAGUUGGUGUCUACUUUCAAAAGUGUGUUCUUAUGAUUAUGGUUCUGUUUAUUCCUGUCGCUCUUCUCUGGUGUACUGCUGAUACCCUUAUUGCUGCAAUUGUCCCCGAAAAAGACCUGGCUGUUCUGGCUGUGCAAUAUUUGAGAAUUAUUGUCUUUGGUGUGCCAGGAUACAUUCUAUUUGAAUGCGGUAAGAGAUUCGUACAAGCUCAAGGCAUUUUCCAUGCCAGUACUAUUGUAUUGCUCAUCUGUGCUCCUAUUAACGUUGUUCUUAACUACGUUUUGGUAUGGAACGAGACUAUUGGUAUGGGAUUUAAGGGUGCUGCUGUAGCUGUGGCCACUACUGAUUGGCUCAUGGCCACUCUGCUCUUCUGUUAUGUCUACUUCAUUGAUGGAAAGAAGUGCUGGAACGGAUUCUCCAUGGAGGCUUUUGCUAACUGGGGACCCAUGCUCAAGUUAGCUAUUCCUGGUGUCAUCAUGGUAGAAGCAGAAUUCCUUGCUUUUGAAGUCUUGACUCUUGCUUCCUCUUACUUUGGAACCACCUCUCUUGCUGCGCAGUCUGUUCUUUCGACCCUGACAUCUCUCUCUUACCAGAUCCCCUUCGCAGUUUCGAUUGCCUGUUCGACCCGAGUAGCCAAUUUCAUCGGUGCCACUCUUGGUCCGUCUGCCAAAAUCGCCGGUAACGUUGCCAUUGGCGCUUCAUAUCUGAUUGCCAUUUUUAACGGAAUUGUCCUCUACACUUUCAGAUACGAAGUAGGAGGACUUUUCAGCAGCGAUGAGGAAGUCAUUGAGCUCGUUGCCAAAGUUUUCCCUAUCUGUGCCUUUAUGCAAUUGUUUGACGCUGCUGGAGCUGUUGCUGGCGGUGUUCUCAGAGGCCAGGGAAUGCAACAUCUUGGCGGAUACCUCAACCUCUUCUUCUACUACGUUAUCGCCCUCCCAUUGGCAUUCUACCUCGCCUUCACACUCGACUGGGAACUGUACGGCCUCUGGACCGGUGUCACUGUCGGCCUGAUUUGCAUUUCCAUCGGCGAGACCUACUUCAUUGGCAUCGCUGACUGGGACAAGAUAGUCGACGACGCCCGUGAGCGCACCCGUGAGGAGCGAAUCAUGGCCUGA